AUGGCUCCACAGGCUCCACAAGGAAGUGAGAAAGGUCAGGAACUUUACAAUGAGCUACUAAAGCUCCAAAGGGAUACUGUCGGGCUACUCGCCGAGCAGAACGAGAGUAUUGCAGAGUGGUUGAUUGGGAAUGAUUCCUCUGACACUCUAUCCGACGGUGGGGAUGAUGGCAAAAUAAGCGGAGAUUCUGAAAAAGUUUCCAAAAAAGUUUCCAUCAAAAUACCCAAUGACGAUGACGAUGACGACAAACUCCUGAUCGAUAUCAUUCCUUGGAAAGUCGCCAUCUAUCCACCACCGGGCACAAAUCUCAAAAGGCUAGUGGCCUGGCAGGUUGAAAGACAUGCUCAGUGUCCAUGCCUGUCUAAAUACCAGGAAUACAACGACGAAAUUGCCGACAAGGAGCACUUCUUUUCAAUAUUCAACAUGUGUACAGCCAAGGAAUUAAGCAAUGGGAAACCAUACAAGGAGGGCAAUAUGAAACACGAGUGCGGUCUCGGCUACGAAGUCGAUGAAGAAUAUUAUUAUGGACAAUCUGGAAGGCUUCCUUGGGGUGUACCUGCGGCUGAUCUCCUGGCAGCCAUAACCAGCAAGUGCGAUCACCCAGAGAACUGGAUGUUGCUGGAUAGCCCCCGGGAACUACUUAUUGCCAUAGAAGGACGGUAUAAGUCCGAUUACUUCAAGGCAAAACCCUGGGAUAUCGACAAUAUGCAAAAGGUAGAAAGCGCCAAAUGGAAUCGCGCAUUCGAAGUGUGCGGUGGUGGCGAGAGCAAUAUGUGUCUAAGAUGUCAAAGGAAGAAGAAUGAGAAGCUCCAGACAAAGAUUGCUUAA